GCAAUCGCCUUUGGUCACCGAGUUACGCUGAUGCUUGCGCCGGUUACGCCCCUUUUGCUCAGCUGGCUGUCAGUGGUUAGUGAGGAGUGCGUGUGCGUAUAUGUGUUAUGGAGGCGACGGUGAGACAGGUGAAUGAGUUCUCCGGGCGGAAGAGGGAAAAAGAAGAAAGGCUCAGCCGGUACUACCAGCUCCUCGCCAGAAGUGGACGCCCCCGAUCAGGUGUCGCUGCAUAAGCGGAAUCUGUACUACUUUUCGUACCCGCUGCUGGCGGUGUUCGCCGUUUUCCGAGUCCUCGCCCUGCACUUGGGCAUUCUGUUCGCCUGGUUCUGCGAACGGUUGUCCCGGGUCAUGGCGGCUAAAAACAGGCCACUUGCAGCAGCGGCUGUUGGCAAAGAAUCCGAGGAUGACUGCGAGCUAGUUCGGAACUGCCAUAAGCAGGCUUUUGAGUACAUCUCUGUCGCCCUGAGGAUCGAUGAAAACGACAAAGGGCAUAAAGAACAAGCUGUUCAAUGGUACAAGAAAGGCAUUGCAGAACUGGAGAAGGGAAUUGCUGUACAAGUUACUGGACAAGGUGAGCAGUACGAACGAGCUAGAAGGCUGCAAGCUAAGAUGACCACCAAUUUGAUAAUGGCAAAGGAUCGUUUAGAACUUCUAGUUUUCUACAGGAAUAAAUUGUGGUGUGAGCAGAACAUUCUAUCUAAAACAGCAAAGCUGCGACCAGAUUCUGGUGUUUCUGAGCCUCAGAGUGACAUCUAUAAAGAGAGUAUAAACCAGCCCUACUAUAAUGGACACCUCCAUUCAGAAAGUGGAGCUGUUCCCAAAAAGAAGGAUCCUUUAACCCACUCCAGCCACUCACUCCCACGAUCAAAAAAUGUACUAAAAAAUACAUCUGCAGGACUUCCUAGUCAUCAUCGCUCGCCCAGCUACAGUGGCCCAUCCUCAAACACUUCCAGGUCACCAGCACAGCCUUUCAGUGCUAGCAAGGGCCCCGUAGCAAAAACAGUCAACAGACCAAACAACAAACCUCCAACUCCAACGGCUGUUCCUCGUAGAAAGAAGGAUUUGAAGAACUUAAAGAAUGUGGAUAGCAAGCUAGCCAACCUGAUCCUCAAUGAAAUCGUGGAUAGUGGAGCAUCUGUCAGAUUUGAUGACGUUGCAGGACAGGACCUUGCCAAGCAGGCACUUCAGGAAAUUGUGAUACUUCCUGCUCUUAGACCAGAAUUGUUUACAGGCCUCCGGGCUCCUGCUCGUGGAUUACUGCUCUUCGGUCCUCCAGGAAACGGAAAAACCAUGCUGGCCAAAGCUGUGGCCUUGGAAUCCAAUGCUACAUUUUUUAAUAUAAGUGCUGCCAGCUUGACUUCCAAAUAUGUGGGAGAAGGAGAAAAGCUAGUGAGAGCACUCUUUGCAGUAGCUAGGGAGCUUCAGCCCUCCAUUAUUUUCAUCGAUGAAAUCGAUAGCCUUUUGUGUGAGAGAAGAGAAGGUGAACACGAUGCAAGUCGACGAUUAAAAACUGAAUUUUUAAUAGAAUUCGACGGGGUUCAAUCUAUUGGAGAUGACAGGGUUUUGGUAAUGGGAGCAACUAAUAGACCUCAGGAACUGGAUGAGGCAGUACUUAGGCGGUUUGCAAAAAGGGUGUAUGUGGCUUUGCCAAGUGAAGAGACACGGUUGAAGCUAAUGAAAAACCUCCUUGGUAAACACGGAAACCCACUAAGCCAAAAGGAACUGGUACAAUUAGCCAGAAUGACAGAAGGUUAUUCAGGGAGCGACCUGACUGCAUUAGCAAAAGAUGCUGCUUUGGGUCCUAUUAGAGAACUCAAACCAGAACAAGUUAAGAGCAUGUCUGCUAAUGAGAUGAGAAAUAUAAAGUUCUGUGAUUUUGUGGAAUCCCUGAAGAAAAUAAAACACAGUGUCAGCCCGCAGACUUUGGAUGCUUUUGUCCGAUGGAAUAAGGAUUACGGAGACACCACAAUGAUCUGAAACUGCCCAGGUCUGGAGAAGCACGACAGACUUGCCAGGGAUAAAUGAGAGAGGGAGAAACUUUUCUGUCUGUCAGGUUUCCUAGAAUCGGACAUUCAAGGCUGCUGCUUCCGAAUCUUGUGCACUUAAUCCUGUGAAAAAUUGAAAUUUGCUUUAAAAAUGGUGCAUUAAAGACAUUAAUUAAUGUACUGCUUAAUCUGCCUUUUAAAGACUUGGAUCAGAAUAUGGCUGAUGAAACUGGUCUUUUAUAGACAAAGAAGUUCUCCAUAAAGAGGUAAACUUCCAAAAUGUGUGACAGCAAUGCCUUUACACCUCAAAAUCCAGGGUUCUGCCUUUGAGCACUUCUAUUACAGCUAAAAUAAAUAAAGGAAAACACAAGGUACGCUGUGACCCAACAUUACAAAUUGUCAUUUGUAUAUAGUGUAAACAUUCCAGUAAGUUAGUAUAGAAUCUGCAUGGCUAUAGGAACACCUGUGCCUUAAGCUAAAACAGAGGGGUUUUCCCCCCCGUUUCUGACUUUAAUCCGUAGAUAUUAAAAAGUUCAUCCUUAGCUUUCAGGUCUUAUUAGUUUGCUGUGCCAAACAUAUCAAGUGUCUUUGUAUGUGUGUGGGAUAGACAGGCAGGCAGACUGGCUGUUGCUGUUAAUAUUUAAGAAUAAAAAAAGAUUCAGGUUUUUUUGUAGUCCAACACACAAGAUGCUAAAUAUCUGUAUGUGAAUAUUUAAUGCUGCUUUACUGCAUUUCUUUUAUGCUGUGGGCAAGUAAUUGCCUGAUGGACUCUUGUGUGAUGAAGGUGAUGGCAGUAUGACAACUGCACUUCAGUCGGCAUUCUAAUUCUUAUUGAAGGGUUACAGCAGCAUUCAAAAACAGCAUCAUGUUGAAGUUGAACUAAUUUGCAGGAGGUGUCUCGAGUCUGAAGUAUUGGUAACCUUGGAUAUCCAGACUCCUUAAAUUGCAUUUUGUUUCAUUGUAUUAUGCAGCUGGUCUGUACUAAUGUGCCUGUCAUCCCACACAUCAAAGAUCUGAUAUAGUAAUGCAGGCUUUUAAGUGGAACAUUUAUUUUUCAACCACUUUCCUUUUUUUUUUUUUUUUUAAACUUUAAAACUUGUGCAUAGCCUUCUUACUCUGUGACAAAACUGUGCAGAAUUGAUGUGGUGAGGAGUCAGACCUUUUUAAUUAAUAAACCAGUGUAUUAUUUAUUAAUGCUGAUGCAUAACCUCCUUGUCUUUGUGUAGAGCUAUAAUAAAUACAAAUUGUAUGAGAAUUAUUAUUGAAAGUCAGAUCUAUUUAAUGAUGUGACUUGUUUGUCCUCGCAAAUGGCUGAGCCACUAAUUGAUUUGUACACUGUCAAAUGGCUGGGCCACUAAUUGGUUUGUUAGUCAAUUCUUUAGUGAACAAAAUAAUUCUUAAAACAUUGUACAAUAAGAGUUCAAUUAACUUGAAGAAAUGUGAUGCAGGUUUGACGUAGUCUUCUAAUACAUUUGUUGAAGCUCAAAAUAAAUUGCCUAAUUAUAUAUAGAAAAAGUAUUUCUUUUUUUUUUCUGAACAACAAUAUGACUAAUCAAGGAAAAUGCAGCAUGUUCUUUUUUUUAUCUUAUUUGAUUGCACUGUGAUUUUUAUCUCUUUCUUCCUAUUGCACAACGGGCUCGAGGUUGCAAUAAAUCCUGAUCAUUUACAAGGAUUAUACCAAUAUGCUUUAAAUGCUAAACUUUUUUUCUUUUUUUUUCCUAUUGGCACAAAGAGUUUUACAUACAGCACAGUAUUAUACAGAAUACAUUUCUCUGUGAAAGAAAUAUAAAUUAUGCAAUUGGGGAAGGGGAAUAUAAAUCUCACUAUCUUGGUGGCCAUAUAAUAAAAAAAAUAUAUCUUGGGUGUGGUUAAUAAUAAAGAAUUCUUGUUAGUAAGGACUGGCUGGAUUUGUUGGGUUUUUCUGGGUUUUUUUUUUUUUAAGCAGGCUGUUUCACCUUGGGAUCAUUCUAGGCAGUCUGGGUACAGCUGAAACUAUAUCUAUCUUAAUGUAAUUAUUAUCGCCUGCCCAUUUAAAUAGAAAUUAGAUAACUAAAUUAACCACUCAGCUAAAGCUCUUAAUGCUUUCUUAGCACAGACUAACUGCAAUGUUGUACCCAAGCAGCCGAAAGAACAAAUAUUUGUAUAAUGUUAGAGCUCUCUUUUAAAAUUGCUUUAAAACCAAGUUUAUUGUCUCAGUUUACAGUUUCUAUUGGGCAACAGGGUUGUAGCCCAAAAUGAAUUUUUUUUUUUUUUUUUUUUUUAAAUCUACACCGUACUGUUAUUAAAUAAGUUUGCAUGUCAUAGAUCAUGAUUACCUAAUGUAUUUUCCCUACUGAGCUACUAAAAAGGAUAUUUUGAAAACUGCUGAUUUUCAGUUGAACUAUGCAUUGUCAUUGAGCUGCCAUUCAAUAUGCUGUAGAUAUUACAUACAUUAGGAAUAGAAUUGAAAUCUUACUGCAGCAUAACCAUGGGUAGCCUUGCACAUUCAUAGCUGCAGUUCAGCUGAAUCUACACAAGGCAUUUUUAAAAUUACAUUAAUACAUUCCUGUUAAUACUCACUUGUCAUACCAGGGAUAUUGCUUGGGCAUUGUUAAAGGUAAAGCUUACGCCUGCAGCAGCUGUCUGGUUUAAAUAACCAACUUUGAAUGGGUAUCUGCUAUGAAAUUUGAGGUCAACCAUUUCUGUAUGGCGCCUGUUCCGAACCAGAGGCGUUGUAAGAUAUUUAAGACUUUCCUGGCAAAAAUUACAGUCCACUGGCACAAUUGAUAACAUAAAGAGGCAGAGUGUGCUUAUACAUGUCUAGUGGUUAACACAAGUCCGGUCAUACCCUGAAGUAUAGCAAGUACAAGUGGACUCCUGUUUUUCACUACAUAUGAAUACAUGGCUUAUUUCCACUGUUCUUUUUUUAAGAUUGUUGAAACUGAAAUGACAAAGGUGUUGAAAGAUGUACAGGAUUUUUUACUGAGCCUAUUUCGAAUGAAACACUGGGUUGCAAUGUUAUUGUGAUGCAAAGUUUAAACAAAUUUAAAUAAUAAAUAUACCAGGAAUAUGAAUAUAGUCUGAUACACAACGUUCAUUUUAUAAUAAACAUGAGUUGUUAUGUAUAUAUGUAUAAUAUAAAAGCUUUAACGGUCUAACCUGUGUAUUUCCACCACUAUGACAUAUGACACAAAACUGUGCCUAAAAUGCAGAAUACUUGUUUCUUAAUGUCGGUGCUCUUUACUGAAUCAAGCAGUAGUUUAACCAUUUUAAAACAUAAAUAUUGUUGAAAAACCAGCAAAAUGUGUUAGUUGAAAAAAUGUUGCUCAAUAUGGCAUGUGCCUUUUGUCUUAUAACUAACAACAGAUCCAUCUGAAAAGUUACGAGCAGUGCAAAUUAAGCAUGGAAGCCUUUCUCUUAGAUCCAUUUGGAUUUUCAGGACUUUGGUACAUCAGUUCUUUACUUCAGACAGACUCCGUAAUGGCUCUGAAUAAAUGAAACAUUUACAUGCUGUCCAUUAACUAUCACAACAACCACCACCCUCGGUGUUACCACUGAUCAGAAACUGUUUCUGAUUCAGUAUUUAGUUUUACCAUUAAAUUAGUCCUAGCAGUGAUUUUUUUUCACCUAUAAAUUGUAAGAUACUUAAGUUUUCUCUAACAAUAUUUUAGAAAUUACCAUUUUGCUUCCAUUCUUUUUAUGUCUGAAUAGUGUUAGUUGUAUGAGAACAUAACCUCAAAAUGUCUUCAGGCACCCAGCUCUUAAAUUGUUGCUUUUGCCCUUACGUACUGUGUGUAAGUGCACUUUUUUGACUGCAAUUAUACAAUGAGCCAGAGCAAUAAAGUAUGACUAUCAUACAGAAUUAGUAAAUGAUGAAUUUCUAAAAAAGUUCAAACCUACCCCUCUUAUUUUUUUUUAUUAUUUUUUUCCCCCCUUCAAAAUGAAUUCUUUGGAAAGUUACUGGUCAAUAUAUUAUUCUUAAUCAAAAAUUCCAGUUCAGAUAAAUUUGGUCUUGUACACCAAUCUGGUUUAUGAUGUCUUCUGUUUUAAUGAUGGUGUAGAAUUUCAAAGUUGAGAAAGAUAGAUAAAUAAUGAAACAAAAAGGUUGCAUGGAUUUAGACUUUUGUAUCACCCUUAUUAAGAUGCUAAUUUGGGAUAACUUUCUUUUUUUAUAAAUGGGGAAAUCUUGCAUGGCUUGUGUACAAAGACUUAAAUGUGUUGGAUACUUUAUGCAUCUCUCUAAAAUAGAAAUAAACCUGUGUAAUUCCUA